UCUGAAUUUCUCUCUCCAUUUCAAAUUUAAUUUCAGUGAUUAUUUUCAUCCAUUUGCAUCAAAUUACUCUUCCGAUCUUCUUUUUUCUAAAAAAUGGUGAAGAAAGCGGCACCGAAGAAUCCGGCAGCGAAGAAACCGGCAGCGAAGAAACUUGAAUUCGACAAUUCCGUCGCUGAAAUGGCUGUUGAAGCUCCUCGAAGGCGAGGAAGAAGGCCAAAUGCUGUUUCUGAAGAAAUUCCUGUUGCUAAGGAAUCUGUGUCUAUAAAGAAGAACAAAAAGGCUGGCAGUCCGAAAUCAAAAGCAAUUGCGCUUGUAUCUGAAAAAGAACCAAUUGAAGAAGAACAACCUAAUCAACUAGUUUUACAAAAUUCUUCUCUGGUUGACGUUCCACAGCCUAAAUCUCAUCAACUUCAUUCACAAGUUUUGAAAGAAGUUGGCGCUGAUGGUCUGCCUAUCGUGUUUAAUUUUGAUACACAAUGUUCAGGAGGAUCAUUGUGUAAAUUAAUUAAAGACUUCUCUCCUGAUCAAAAGGCAGCUGUUCAAGAGAUAGGGUUUGGAGGAUUGUUAGGCCUUCAAUUAAGUCGAAAAAACACUCAGAUGAUGUACUGGUGCAUCAAGUGCUUUGAUGGUGUGAGUUCUCUGUUUACAAUCAGUGAUUCCAAGCAAUUUGAAAUCACUGAUUAUGAUGUGUACGAUUUGUUUAUGCUCCCCCUUUCUGAGCUGGAGGUUGAAGGGGUUAAACGUGGGCGCAAUUCCACUAAUCCUGAUUUUGAUUUGAAGAUCAAGUGGAGAAAAGAGUUCGGUUUUGAAGAGGUCAAUGCUCAAAUUCCUAUAAGGUUGCUUGAGGAAAAGAUUAAAUUGUUGACAGACGGUGGUGAUCUGUUUAAACAAUUAUUUGUUUUUGUUGCUUUCUCUACAUUUUUUACUCCAACAGCCAAUAGGACUGUAGAUUUGAGAUUGGCUAAGGCUUUGGAAGAUCCUAAAAUGAUUUCCAAAUACAAUUGGUGUAAAUACGUUCUUGACGUAUUAUGUGAGGAAACAGUGAAACUUAAAAAUUGUUUAUUGAAAGGCAAAGAUCAAAAGACAUUUGGAGGCUGUGUUGUGUUUUUGCAACUUGUGUAUUUUCAGAGGAUUAAGUUUAGGAAUUCCAGUGGUAUUCCUGAUCAAUUACCUCUUAUUCAGCAUUGGACAUCGAAGAUGGUAAUCGAUCGGAUUCAUGCUGAAAAUGCCAAUAUGAGUGCAUUAUAUGGUUCUGGUAUAUUGGAGAAGGGGAAGUAUCCAAUUUCCAAAAAGUUUGUUUUUGUUGAUGGUCAAAUAGAUUUGACCCAAAUCAAAUCUAUUUCGAAAGAAAAUGAAGCAGGCAGCAGUGGGGGAAGAGCUGAACAGCCCUAUGUUGGGCGUCGAAUUCCAAGUCGGCGUCCUAGGAUUCUUCAGUUUGAAAUCCCUAAUUCUCAUCCUACAGAUGAAGAAAUUUUCUCUAAAGCCACUGAUGAUUUUCAUGGUCAGUGGUUGUUGAUGAAGAGAGAUCUGGAUGUAGUUUCAGCCAUCCAUGCUGAAGAGCUGUUCAAAUUAAAGGCUUCAAUGCCUUCGCAGAACCAUGGCGAUGAUAUUUUGGAAAAUUCCACUUAUUAA